AUGAAAGCUCUUGUAUAUACUGGGCCGGGCACCGUUGAAGUGCUCGAGCGACCGAAGCCGAAAAUCCAAGACCCGACCGAUGCGGUCAUACGCCUUCUACACGCCUCAAUCUGUGGCACAGAUUUACAUAUUCUCAAAGGAGAUGUGCCAAGUGCAAAACCUGGACUCGUUCUAGGGCACGAGGGAGUUGGUAUUGUGGAGGAUCUAGGCUCCGCUGUACACAAUUUGCAAAUUGGCGAUCGCGUGUUAAUUUCUUGUAUGACUUCGUGUGGUGCGUGUCGGUAUUGCCAGAGAGGAAUCCCUUCUCACUGUCAGACUGGUGGGUGGGUUUUGGGAAAUCAGGUCGACGGCACCCAAGCAGAAUAUGUUCGAGUGCCCCAUGCGACCCUUUCCUUACACCUCUUACCUACCUCUAUCCCGUCUCGCGCUGCAGUUGCGGUAUCUGACGCGUUCCCAACUGGGCUUGAAUGUGGUGUUCUCAGCGCUGAUGUCCAACCUGGAGGAUCGGUGGUGAUUUUCGGGGCUGGUCCAGUAGGAAUGGCAACUUUGCUCACAGCUCGCCUGUAUUCGCCAUCCCUUAUUGUGAUGGUUGAUAUAGAUGACGCCCGUCUUGCGACCGCGCGUGUGCUUGGUGCUCAUGCGACGGUGAACUCCUCCAAUCCAGAUGCUCAGCAACAACUGAUGACUCUGAGUGGUGGGCAUGGGUUUGACUCUGUGAUCGAGGUUGUGGGCAUCUCGCCAACAUUUGCUUUGUGUCAGGCGGUAACCGGCCCCACAAUUUUUCUUUCACAAAAAUAA